UUAUGAUAAAUUGUUCUACAGGCUGCAGAAUCAAAAUUGACAAAAUUUGUUGAAGACAUUAUUGUUCCGCCAAGAAUGGUUGACAUAAUUGUUGAUGGAGAGGUCAAUGAAGAGUACUUAAAGACUCUAGAGUCACUAAGCAAACAGUUGAAAUUUCCUGAAGUUGAUUCCAUGGUUAAACCAUCAAAAGCUCUAAAAGAUGUUCAGUCAGAACUGGAAAGGCUUCGGCAACAGGCAGUCUCAAAGGUAUUUGAGUUCAUUGUGCAAAAAAUACAUGCCUUGAGAAAUUUAAAAACAAGCGUCCAGAUCCUGCAGCACAGUAUUCUUCUUAAGUAUAAGUGCUUGAUUAUUUUUCUUAAAGAACAUGGUAGGGAGAUAUAUAAUGAGGUUAAGGCAACAUAUAUUGAUACAAUGAGCAAGAUCUUAAGUGCUCAUUUUCACGCAUACAUACAAGCAAUGGGGAAAUUACAGCUGGAUAUAGCAACAGCAAGUGAUUUGAUUGGAGUCGAGGCCAGGAGCACAGGACUCUCCUUAAGUAGAGAACCUUUGAAGAAUGGUUCAGCUGUUUUUGCAUUGGGUGAUAGGAUUAAUAUUCUAAAGGAAAUUGAUCAGCCGGCAUUGAUCCCACAUACAGCUGAAGUGAAUUCUCAAAGAUAUCCAUAUGAAGUUUUGUUUAGGAGCCUGCACAAACUUCUGAUAGAUACUGCUGCUUCUGAAUAUCUUUUUUGUGAUGAUUUCUUUGGAGAAGAAUCUAUAUUCUAUGAAAUCUUUGCAGGACCAUUUGCUGUUCUUGAUGAACAUUUCAAUGUGGUACUUCCAAAUUGUUAUGAUGCUCUUGGUUUGAUGCUUAUGAUACACAUCAUUCAUCAGCAGCAGAUGGUCAUGUUCAGGCGGCAAAUUCCAUGCUUGGAUUCAUACCUCGACAAGGUCAAUAUUUCUUUGUGGUCUCGUUUCAAAUUGGUAUUUGAUAUGCAUCUCAACAGUCUACGAAAUGCCAAUGUAAGUACAUUAUGGGUAGAUGAUGUCCAUCCUCACUAUGUAAUGCGGCGCUAUGCAGAAUUCAUAGCAUCCCUUGUGCACCUCAACGUUGAACACGGAGAUGGUCAGCUUGAUCUGAACUUUGAAAGAUUAGAAAUGGCAAUUGACGACCUGCUCAUUAAGCUCGCCAAAACUUUCACAAAGCCAAAGUUGCAAACCGCAUUCCUGAUAAACAACUAUGAUCUGAUAGUUGCUGUACUGAUGAAUGUACCUGGAGGUGGAAGAACAAUGAUAUACUUUGGGAAACUGCUAGAAAGCAACAUUGACAUAUUUGCCGAAGAAAUGCUGCUUGAGCAUUUCAACGAUCUGAUCAAAUUUCUGAAUUCAUGUGGCGCUGGAGAAUCAAGCUCCGGUGCGGAGAAGCCUUCGGCCACUGAUCUUGAACCGCUGGUGAGGGAUUUUUUGAGCAGACGGGAAACUGCUAUAGAGCUGAUGAACAAGGACGUCAUCACAUUUUUCAGCAACUGUUUGUGCGGCGGAAGAAAUAUUAUGGACGUGGCUACCAUAAAGCUGCACGUUUAUUAUGGAAGGCUCAGAGAGUGUGCUAGGAGAAUGGAAGGCUCCUUUGAUUGCAGGGAUCCGUUGCCAGUAUUUCGCUUAUCUUAUAAAGAUAAAUAUUUUAAGAUGGUUUAGGUAUUAUUCUU